UGCAUACAGCUGGCAAGGUCUCGAGCUAAAGAGCUCGAACGGAACAUUGGUUGGUUGAUGGGGGAAACAACAACAAGCUAGGCAUUAUGAGGGUCCCUGAAACACUGAUUUGGGCCGUUUUUCUCAUCCAGAAGGUGGUGGGAGAGUAUGGCAUGGCCCAUUUCAGUGAUGAGGGCAAAAGCAAAGGGAAGGAUUACUGCAUAUUCUUCAACUCACAGUGGGCACAUCUACCUCAGGACCUCAAUAAGGCAUCUCGUCUUCAGAUCUAUGACUUGACAACAUCGGUCCUGUGCUCGCCCUCUGAGGUCCCAGAGGGUGGCUUCCCAAAUCGCAUCCCCAUGGUGAUGAGGGGCAACUGCACUUUCUAUGAAAAGGUUCGCUUGGCCCAGAUUAAUGGUGCCAAGGGGCUGCUUAUUGUGAGCAAGGAUAGACUGACUCCACCAGCAGGAAACAAGACUCAGUAUGAAGAGAUUGACAUUCCUGUAGCGCUGCUGAGCUACUCCGACAUGCUGGACAUAAGCAAGACCUUUGGUAAAGGAAGACUGGUUGCCAUGUAUGCUCCCAAUGAGCCUGUGUUGGACUACAAUAUGGUGAUUAUCUUCUUGAUGGCAGUGGGAACAGUGGCCAUCGGAGGCUACUGGGCUGGCAGCAGGGACAGCAAAAAACGCUACAUGAAGCACAAGCGGGAUGACGGUGCAGAGAAGCAGGACGAGGAGACAGUAGAUGUCACCCCCAUCAUGAUAUGCGUGUUUGUUGUCAUGUGCUGUAACAUGCUGGUGCUCCUGUACUUCUACUACGACCACCUGGCUAUCUGGGUCAUUGGGAUCUUCUGUGUGGCAUCUUCUGUCGGCCUCUACAGCUGUCUGUGGCCUUUCGUCAGGCGACUUCCUUUCUGCAAAUGCAGGGUCCCAGAGAACAAUCUGCCGUACCUGCACAAGCGACCACAGAUCCGCAUGUUACUGCUGUCGGCCUUCUGCAUCAGCGUCAGCAUCAUCUGGAUGGUGUUUCGUAAUGAAGAUCAGUGGGCGUGGGUGUUGCAGGAUGCCCUGGGGAUUGCCUUCUGUCUCUAUAUGCUCAAAACAGUCAGGCUGCCCACAUUUAAGGCUUGCACUUUACUACUGACAGUUCUGUUUGUGUAUGACGUUUUCUUCGUAUUUAUUACACCCUUCUUCACAAAGAGUGGGGAAAGUAUAAUGGUGGAGGUAGCAGCUGGUCCAUCUGACUCUGCCACACAUGAAAAGCUUCCUAUGGUGCUUAAAGUACCGAGGUUAAACUUCUCACCUCUGGCUCUUUGUGACCGGCCCUUCUCCCUUUUAGGCUUUGGAGAUAUCCUAGUACCAGGUCUGCUGGUGGCGUACUGUCACAGAUUUGAUAUUUUAACACAGUCCUCCAGGAUCUACUUUGUGGCCUGUACGAUUGCGUACGGCAUCGGCCUGCUGAUCACCUUCGUGGCUCUGGCUGUGAUGCAGAUGGGCCAGCCGGCCCUGCUCUACCUGGUGCCUUGCACUCUGCUCACCAGCCUCACUGUUGCACUGUGGCGCAGGGAGUUGCCCCAGUUCUGGACUGGAAGUGGAUUUGUGCCUCCCAUAGUGCUCACACCAAUCAACUGUACACAAACCGCAGAGCCGCAGACAGAGGGGCCCUCAGCUAAACCGGAGCCACAAACCACAGACCCCUCCAAUCAGACUGAAGACACACCUGAGCAGCUGCCUCAGGAAACUCCCCCAGUGGAGAAUGGCGACGAGAAAAACAAGUCAAACUAAACCUACUUCUAGUACGAACCCCCUCCCCCAUUUCAUUUCAUGUUUUAUUUUCUGCAGUGCAUCUUAGUGCAAUUUAUUAUUUGCACUUUUUGUAAAGGGACAGAACUGGGGCACCACUGAGACUGACAUGCAGUGUAUAAACCUUGCACAGCAGCUUCAACACCUUCACCAGUAAAGGAGCGAACAGCUCCUGAUGAAACAAGUAUUUCUACACUCACUCUAAACAUUUUACCUCCUCUGAUGGAGAAAUGAUUUGCUCAGUUAUGUUGAGCUGCAAUGAUCAUGAAUCAGCAACCAGCUAAUCUAAUAACUGACAAAAACAUCCAAAUGUUUAUUGGUUAAGGCUUCUUAGUUGUAAAGAUGUUCCAUGAUUUUAUUGUACAUUGGGUAAAAGAAUAAACACUGGACAUUUUUAAAAAAAAAAAA